CGCCAGUGCUCCUCCUCCUCCUCCACUUUCCGCUUUGAUCCGGGCCCCACCUCACUCGCCGCCUCUCGGCACUCGGCUCCGCCAACCAUCGCCCACCGCCACCGCCACCACCGCCAACUAGUGUAAUGCAGCCUCCCGGCCCGCCGCCGCUGCCGCCGGUGGUGGCGGCGGAGCUGGCGCAGCUGGAGUGGAGGCUGGGCCAGGUCGCCGGAGAGCCCGCGCGCCGGGAGCUGGCCGAGCUCGGCGAAGCCGCCGCGGUGCGCGUGCUGCGGAGGAUCGCGAGGUCCCAAGUGGAGCCCCGGACGCUCACCGCCUACGUCGUCUCGGUCGCGGUGCAGGAGAUGUUCGCGCUCAACGCGCAGGCCGUCCCUACCGCCGUCAGCCUCGCCUGCAACUCCGCUCCUUCCCUCAGUGAUGAAUCUGUACAAGGGCCACCGUGCCACAAUGAGGCCCAAAUGGAAGAGGUAACUUCGGGCCUCUCAAACCAUUGUAUUGAAGAGGGUCAAGGUCAGGAAGGUUAUCCAGUGAUGAUGGCAAUUGACGACCCACCUGAUUACAUGCCCCCCUGGGAGUGGGACCAGGAUUGCAUUGAAGUUGACAACAUUGUCCCAGGAAUGGCUUCUCAGGCAAACCAGAUGCUUAUGCAGUAUGGCCAGGAUUGCAUUGAAGUUGGUAACAUUGUCCCAGGAAUGGCAAACCAGAUGCUUAUGCAGUAUGGCGACCGUGACCGUGACCGUAUCCAGGAACUGUUUUCGAUUGUACCGCAUGGUCUUCUCAUGCUGGCUGAAAGUCCUGGAGAUGGCAGACCAUCUGAGUUGCACAACCAUGUACAGAAUGGCAUCCCCGAGCAGUGGAUGAUUCCUUCAGAUCAAAGAAUGGAAUCCCCCUCGAUUCGCCUGCAGCAUGUGUUAAGAUGUCUUCAGGGAGUUAAUCCCUUUGGACACCGUAUCGGUCCGGAGUGUGCAAUAAUGAUACCAAAGCCCGAGCCAAAUGUUGUUGUGGAAAAUGCGUUCAGGGAGUCAGCAAGCCCUCAUAUCAUAGAAAAUGAAUUGAGGGAGACGGCGAGCCCCGAGAUGUGUGCACUGGAGGAUUUGGAGUUCAGCAAGAGAUUUUUGAUACUCUCUUAUCUUUGUCAGAAUAAAGUGGAAGAUGAAGCUGUACUGACUGUGGACUAUAUUAACAAGUUGAAGUUCCUAUCCUCCAUGGCUUAUUUUGAGUCCAUAAUCUGGAGGGACUUUGGUCAGAAGAAUUUUCAGGCAUCCAAAAGAACUGCAGCAGAUAGGGCAAAGAAUUUUGAUUCAGACCCAACUACAGCAAAAGUAUACCAUUGUCAUAUCGAGAUAAAAGGGGAUUCCACAUUCUAUGUUUUGAAGGGACCAUAUAUGGAGAAUAGGAGGACUCUUCUACAGAAAAUUUUUGGUGAUGAUAAUGUUCUUGUAGUAAAGUUUAUGGUUCCUUCAGAUGAGAGCAUUGAUUUCUACCGCCAACAUUACCAUAAAAUUGCUGAAGAUGGUAUUAUUUUAGGUCUGCGGCGAUAUGAAUUUUUUGUUUACAAGGAUGGAAAAGAGUCGAAAAAGAAAGAUGGUGAACAGGGGGAUAUCAAGAAAUUCAAUUCGUCUGUAAGGUGCUAUUUUAUUUGCACUAAGUCUGGGUGGAGGGGGGAUGAGAGUUAUAUUACUUCCCACAAAACAAUUGACAAGUGCCGCAAACUGUUCAUGCAUAUCCAUACUGCUCCCACUGUGGCAAAUUAUGUGAAAAGGUUUUCUUUGAUACUUUCAAAAACUCUAACACUGGAUGUUGAUUUAUCGGCAAUUGACGUUAUACUGAUUGAUGAUGAACCUUGCCGGGAUGAACAUGGGAAAGUUGUUAUGUCAGAUGGGAAGCGUUUGAUCCAUACUGAUGGGACUGGGUUCAUAUCUGAAAAUUUGGCUAAGAAAUGCCCUAGCAGAAUUGUCAAGGGAAAGAAGUCAAAAGAUUAUAUGCAUCGAGGUGAAACAACGCCUCUUCUCAUGCAGGUCCGCCUUUUUUAUAAUGGAUAUGCUGUAAAGGGAACUCUGCUAGUUGACAAAAGGAUUCGCAAUGAUACUAUUGUUAUCCGACCAUCAAUGGUAAAAGUAAAAGCUGACCCAAGGUUGUCCCAGAUGAAGUCUCUCAGUUCUUUGGAAAUAGUUAACACAAGCCAUCAAUCCAACAGGACAUCAACAUCAAGGGUCCUGAUUGCGUUGCUUCACUAUGGAGGAGUUAAGGAAGAAUAUUUUAUGGAACUUCUACAUAAUGCAAUUGAAGGGGUUGAGAAUGCUCGUUAUAGUUUCAGACACGCACUAAAGCUUGCUUCUGGAUAUGCUAAUAUGGAGGAUUCAAUGUUGGAACGCAUGAUUCAUUCUGGAAUUCCACUAGAAGAACCAUACUUGCUAUCUAGGCUGAGUUUCAUGGCCAAACAGGAAAUGAAAGGAUUCAGAGAAGGAAAACUACCAAUUGAUGAAUGCUAUCAUUUGAUGGGUACAACAGAUCCUACAGGAACGGUGAAACCAAAUGAAGUUUGUCUGAUACUUGACAGCGGACAAUACUCUGGAGAUGUGCUUGUGUUUAAACAUCCUGGGCUACAUUUUGGCGAUAUACAUAUCUUAACUGCAAGGCAAAUUGACGGACUGGAGAAGAACUUUAUCGGAUAUUCAAAAAAUGCAAUACUUUUUCCUACUUCUGGACAAAGAUCAUUGGCUGAUGAGAUGGCUGGCAGCGAUUUUGAUGGUGACGAGUUCUGGGUCUCAAGAAACCAUAUGUUGCUAAAGGCUUUCGAGAAGCGAAGUGAACCUUGGGUUCAACUACUAAAACCAAAGGAGACCCAGCACAAGCCUAGCGGACCCAGGGAUUUUAAUGAAUCGAUUCUCGAAAGAGUGCUAUUUAAUGAAUGCUUGACGACUACGUUUAUACCCAAUUAUGCACUUGGUUUAUCGUCUGAUUGCUGGUUAGCACAUAUGGACCGGUUCUUAACAGGAGGAAUCGAUCAAGACGAAACAGAAUCGAUUGCAAAAAACAUGAUUAAAUUAGUUGACAUUUAUUAUUCGGCUCUGGAUGGGCACAAGGUAACUGUUGAUCGUAAUCUGAGAGUAGAAGCAUAUCCACACUUCAUGGAGAAGAAAGGAAAAUCCUACCAUUCUACAUCUAUUUUGGGCAAAAUCUACGAUGAGACUGAGAAAAUAAUAUCGCAACAAUGUGAUGAACAAAUUCAGAUAACGACACUGCCAUGCUUCGAUGAGGUGGAGGCAACCCCAGCAUGCACCUCCCUAUGGGAACAACGCUAUCAAGAGUACUUGACAAAAAGCAGGCAACUUUUUGAUCUGGAGAAAGAAGAAAAGAACGAUGAGUUUCAGAAACUCUACCAAAGCUACAAACAUUUGCUCUACAACGCCAACGAGUUUGAGGAGACCUCGCGGGAUCUCUCCGACGUGUUCAUGGAGGCCUGCGCGAUCUACAGGAUCGUCUACGAGCGAGCAAGGUCUACCAGGAGCCUCACCAAGUGCCGCUUCGUGUGGAACGUGGCUGGAGCCGCGCUGUGCUAUCUCCACGCGACCAAGUACGCUGUGCAGCAUGGGGAGAAGACUGCGCUCUGCCCGCUUUCAGUUAUCCGCCAACUUUACAUCUGAUAUGUUGUAUAAACUUCUUCUUCUGCCUGUAAUGAACCGGGUGAGGUGAUGGGAUGGGUGAUGUGGCUGACUGGAUGGUGAUUGUGAAUUGAACUACGUAAUUUCUGUCUGAACUACGUAAUUUCGGUUACGUGCCUCGGUGUAUAAACUUCUGCCUGUAAUGAACUGGUAUGUUGUAAGCUACUAAGGCCUUGUUCAGUUCGCAAAAAA